UCUCUGCAGCCGCGAAGACAGGAAUCCUUCCGACCCGAGGAGCGGAGCAAUUGGAGCCGGGUCGGGACACGGAGGCUGCGGGCCUGGGACGAAGGUAGCCUGAGGCUGCUGCUGUCUGGCAGGGAGGUGGCCAUUCAUCCCUCGAGCGCAGCUUACGAGUGAGGGCCCCUUCGGGGGCUCUUUUGAAGCCCGUGCCCAGGCCUGAAGGAGAGCGACCCUGCGCUUACCCUGGGCUGCUGCCGGCCCUGUGAAGAGCAGAGGGCGACCCUCUUCUUAAACCCCACGGCCAUGGCUUUCCCCCAUCGGCCGGACGCCCCGGAGCUGCCUGACUUCUCCAUGCUCAAGAGGCUAGCCCGAGACCAGCUCAUCUACCUGCUGGAGCAGCUUCCAGGGAAAAAAGACCUGUUCAUCGAGGCAGAUCUCAUGAGCCCUUUGGAUCGAAUUGCCAACGUCUCCAUCCUGAAGCAACACGAAGUAGACAAGCUGUACAAGGUGGAGAACAGGCCAGCCCUGAGCUCCAGUGAACAACUGUGUUUCUUGGUCAGACCCCGCAUCAAGAACAUGCGAUACAUUGCCAAUCUUGUCAAUGCUGACAAAUUGGCCGGCCGAACCCGAAAAUACAAAGUGAUCUUCAGCCCUCAGAAGUUCCAUGCCUGUGAGAUGGUGCUUGAGGAGGAGGGGAUCUUUGGAGAUGUGAGCUGUGAUGAGUGGGCCUUCUCUCUGCUGCCUCUCGACGUGGAUCUGCUGAGCAUGGAGCUGCCGGAAUUUUUCAGGGACUACUUCCUGGAAGGAGACCAGCGGUGGAUCAACACUGUGGCGCAGGCGCUGCACCUCCUCAGCACGCUCUACGGCCCCUUUCCGAACUGCUACGGAAUUGGCAGGUGUGCCAAGAUGUCAUACGAAUUGUGGCGGAAACUGGAAGAGGAGGAGGAUGGUGAAAGCAAGGGCCGAAGGCCAGAAAUUGGACAUAUCUUUCUCCUGGACAGAGAUGUGGACUUUGUGACGGCACUUUGCUCCCAGGUGGUUUAUGAAGGCCUGGUGGACGACACCUUCCGCAUCAAGUGUGGGAGUGUCGACUUUGGCCCAGAAAUCACAUCCUCGGACAAGAGCCUAAAGGUGCUGCUCAAUGCGGAGGACAAGGUGUUUCACGAGAUUCGCAACGAGCACUUCUCCAAUGUCUUCGGUUUCUUGAGCCAGAAGGCCCGGAACCUGCAGGCCCAGUACGACCGCCGCAGAGGCAUGGACAUCAAGCAGAUGAAGAACUUCGUGUCCCAGGAGCUGAAGGGACUGAAACAAGAGCACCGCCUGCUGAGUCUGCAUAUUGGGGCCUGUGAGUCCAUCAUGAAGAAGAAAACCAAGCAGGACUUCCAGGAGCUCAUCAAGACCGAGCAUGCGCUGCUGGAGGGCUUCAACGUCCGCGACAGCACCAGCUACAUCGAAGAGCACAUUGACCGGCAGGUGUCACCUAUAGAAAGCCUUCGCCUCAUGUGCCUUCUGUCCAUCACUGAGAACGGUUUGAUCCCCAAGGAUUACCGAUCCCUGAAAACACAGUAUCUGCAGAGCUAUGGCCCCGAGCACCUGCUGACCUUCUCCAACCUGCGGCGAGCGGGACUCCUCACCGAGCAGGCCCCUGGGGACACCCUCACGGCUGUGGAGAGUAAAGUGAGCAAGCUGGUGACAGACAAGGCUGCAGGAAAGAUCACUGACGCCUUCAGCUCGCUGGCCAAGAGGAGCAAUUUUCGUGCCAUCAGCAAGAAGCUGAAUCUGAUCCCACGCGUGGACGGCGAGUAUGAUCUGAAGGUGCCACGUGACAUGGCAUAUGUCUUCAGUGGCGCUUAUGUGCCCCUCAGCUGCCGUGUCAUCGAGCAGGUGCUGGAGCGGCGGAGCUGGCAGGGCCUGGACGAGGUGCUGCGGCUGCUCAACUGCAGCGAGCUGGCAUUCACAGAUGUGACCAAGGAAGACAAGGCCCCCAGCGAGUCCCUGCGCCUCAUCCUGGUGGUGUUCCUGGGUGGUUGCACUUUCUCUGAGAUCUCAGCUCUGCGGUUCCUGGGCAGGGAGAAAGGGUACAGGUUCAUCUUUCUGACGACAGCAGUCACCAACAGUGCUCGCCUCAUGGAGGCCAUGAGUGAGGUGAAGGCCUGAAGCUCUCCCUGGACACGCUCCCAGGGGCGGGGGGCACAGGGGGCGCGGGGGGCGGGCUCCCCCACUGCCCUGCGAGCUCGGGCUGGGGAUUAGGGACCAUGUGAGAGGGGAGAGUUCACUUCCAUCCCCCAGGAUGUCUUUCUUCUUGCUUCGUGAAGUACAGCCCGUGCUGAUAAGAUAUGCAGGAGGAGGCUCUCUUGCUAAAUCC